UACAGUCCGUGCGUCAAAUCGACGAAACCUUAGAGUCGAUGCGACCAAAUAUUUGCGUUGAUAAUCUGCGACCUCGUCAAAACUUAUUCUACAGCAUCCAGAAUCGAACCGAAAUCCAAUGCGCUGGCCACUUACACGUCGCGGCUUCUGUCCUCUGAACAAGGGGAGGAAAACAUGAGUUCAUAAGUUCGGCAAGACACUUUCUUCCUGGUCCCAUAUCCCAGAGCAGCCUACGGUUUGGGUCGAUCUGACACGAAACCGUGUUGAGCAAUCAUGUUCCUUAGAUUGUUCUUAACCCCCCCCCCCCCAAAAAAAAAAAAAAAAAAAAAAAAAAAAAAAAAAAAAAAAAAAAAAAAAAUAAUACGAGAGUGACAUCAAAAGCGGGAAGUUUUAUCCGUGUGCGAAACCUAAACCGUCAAUAUUCUAGAUAGACACUCCUAGUCUCCAAGUGUUCGUGGAACACUCCAAAGCUUUUUGGGGCCCAAGACCCAUUCAACCGUAAUGGACCGCCGAAGCUCUCGGGAAGCUCCAAGCGCACGGCGAGCCGCGGCCCAAGCGGCUGGUGAGAAACUGGACGCUGGACGAGGGAUGCGGCGCGGCGCGAGACGGGGAUGACGGGGCGGAAGUUGCUCGCUGUGAUGGAAGCCAAGUUCGGGGAGCAUCAGUCGCGUCAUGUCUUUCCUCGCGAGUUCCCGCGAGCUGGAUCCACCCUUGCCGAACAAGGAUUUCCUAAAUAGUAUGCCGAACCGCUCUUUCCUGACACGCGUUCCGAGUCUGAUUCCGUUUCGUCGCGCCCACACCGACCUCACAGUCGACACCAUCGAAUCGCGAUUGGAAAAAAAAGGCCGGUGGGACUUGAAGAGAUCGAACUAUUGUGAGAAGCUUGCCCGCUCUGCUUUUUUCCGCUCGCUGAAUCUCGAGUCGUCCCACCAAGUGGAGAGCCAAGAGAGCUUCAAUGAAGGCGACUACUGUCUCCUCGUCGACAGUCCGUUUCGGAUCCUCAGGGUAAGGCUGUGUGUGCCCUCUGUCCGUUGUCCUCUGCACGCUUUUUGUGUUUCUCGCACCAAUCUAUGAAAAAAGCUCUAAUUCCACCGAUUUUUCUUUCUCAAUUCUUUUUGU